AUGGUGUCGGAACGGGAGAAGAUCGCCGUGAUUCUUGAAUUGGCGGAGCUCGGCCCCUUCGAGUCUUUGAUCGGUCAAUUGACGUCCGCGGCGAACGAACAGCGCUCCCACGCUGAGUCGCUCUUUAUCCUCGGCUGCGAUCUCCACCUAGACGCCCUAGCCCUAAAGCUCGUUGCCGUCCUCGACGCCUCCCUGCCCUUGACUUCCGCGCCAUGUUUGCCGUCCAUCUCCGCAUUCUCCUCACCCACCGCGACUCUCGCGGAGCCCGACCGCUCCACUGCCAAGAAGGUCGCUGGCACCAUCUCCGCCUUCUACCUCCUCCCGGACUCCACCUGGCCUGAUCUUCUCCCGUUCCUCUUUCACGCUGUCGUUGCCUCCAAUGCCCGUCCUCGCCUACAGGAGUAUGCCCUCCUCAUCAUUGCCCAGAUCGCUUAUGUCCUCGUUGGCGACGCCUCCUUCGUCGUCUCUCACCUCCCCACCCUUAGCACUCUCCUCCUCGCCGCCCUCUCUCACCCUUCCUCUUCAAAUGUCCGUGUCGCUGCACUGUCUGUGGCAGUCAACCUUGUCACUUCCUUGAAGUCCGCUUUUGUUGAAACAUCCUAUUUGUUGAACUCGGAUAUACCAUGA